UUAGCUCGUCCGAAAAAUAUGGACCGGUCAAUAUUUUUUUGAUAUUGACCGGCUAGGAAUAAUAUCUAAUGAACAUUCCCUCUGUUUCAAAUAAUCGCCUCUGAUUUGUUGAUUUGUAAACGAUGACGUAAAUAACCUUUCGCGACUCCAAAACAAGGUGACGUCAUAAUAGAGAGUCAGUCAAGGCAAGUAAACAACGGACGCGCAAUGCAACGGUUUGCUAUCAUAACGGAUAUAAGGAUUUGCGAAUUUCUGAGAAGGAAAAUCAGGUAGAACAUCUGUAUGUUAAUUCUUACAGUCGGCGGAAUAUCACUAGUCACCGUUUGAUGCGGAGGAUAUUUUGAAAAUGAACUUUGCACAAAAUUGAAUUCGUGAAUUCUUUGUUGAGCUGAGAAAAUUACGGCGAUCUGUUUUCAAUUACUUUCUUAAAUUUUGAUUUGUUUCUUCAUAUAACAAAACAAAUACUGACUGUGUUUUCGGGCAACAUUGAUUAUAUUAGCCCCCUUGGGACGAAAAUAUUGCCCUCCGCUUCGCGUCGGGCAAUAUUUCGUCCCUUGGGGGCUAAUAUAAUCAAUGUUGCCCUCAACCCCAGUCAAUAUUUGUAUAUUGUUAUAUUCAGUAGUAUAUUCUCACUAUAUAACUCUAUAUAGACGAAUAGUCAAUAAUUGUAAUAUCAGCUCGUCCGAAAAAUAUUGACCGGUCAAUAUUUUUUAGAUAUUGACCGGAUAGGAAUUAUAUCUAGAGAACAUUCCCUCUAUUUCAAAUAAUCGCUUCUGAUUAGUAGAUUCGUUUGAUGUGACGUAAUUAAACCUACGCGACUCCAAAGCAAGAUGACGUCAUAAUAGAUUAGCCGUUGAGUCAAACCUGCAACGGACAGACAAUGACGCGAUUCGUAAAUACGUCCGAUGCUGAGAUUGAGGAACUUUUAGAGGGAAGAAACAGCAAAAACACGUCCAAUGUCAUUUCUAUGGCAGUGAAAAUCAUCAGGGACUACUUUGAGGACAUGGCUAUUAACAUUUCAGUGGAAGAUUUGGAAAAUGAUUCAAACGAAAAACUGAAUUUAGUUUUGAGGAAAUUCUACGCUGAACUAAGGAAGAAAAACGUAGAAUUAUAUUCGAAAUCUUCCCUUAUUUCAAUCAGAUAUGGGCUGCAGAGACAUUUUCUGAAAUUGAAAGGUGUUGAUAUUAUAAAUAAUCAGGAAUUUAAAUCGGCGAACGACGUUUUUAAGGCGUGUUUAGUGAAAGUUAAGCGGGAAGGAAAAGGAGAAACAAAACACAAGGAUGUGAUAUCUGAGGAAGACCGGGAAAAAAUGUAUUCCACUGGAGUUUUGUCUACAAGCGCUCCUUCAACUCUACAAAACAAAGUUUUUUUCGAACUCUUGCUUUUUUUCUGCAACCGAGGCCGUGAAAAUGUACGAGAGAUGGAGAAAAACGACUUCCAGAUCUGCAUUGAUGCCCAGGGUAAACGUUUUGUCAAGCAAAACAUUUCGAGACUUACUAAAAACCACAGAGGGGACACGGCAGACAGCGAUGAUAAGUCGCCGAGAAUGUAUGAAGAGCCGGGAAAUGAGAGGUGUCCCGUCAAUAGUUUUGAGAAAUACUUGGCCAAAUUACACCCCGAUAAUAAGUGGCUCUGGCAGAAACCACGCGAGGGUUUUGAGGAGGAAGACAGCGUAUGGUUUUGUAACGUACCGGUCGGCAAAAACACACUUGGGAACAUGAUGCAAAAAAUCAGUAAGGAGGCCAAUCUCAGCAAAAUGUACACUAAUCACUGUAUAAGGGCGACCUGUAUAUCAGUCCUGGAUGAAUGUGGAUACGAAGCACGGCACAUCAUAGGACUAUCCGGUCAUAAAUCCGAGUCGAGCAUCAAACACUACGCAUCCUGUCUGAAUGAAUCAAAGAAGCGUAACAUGUCUACUGCAGUGUCAUCAAAAGUUCUAUCUGUAACCAGAAAAACCGUAGCUAUGGAAAACACUACCGCUAAUUUCGAACAGCUGGAUUUUUUGAACGAUAUCGAUGACCAAUAUUUGAUGAAUGUCUUGGAGCAGCCUGUUAUGAAUACAAAACCCCGUCCUCAAAACUUCUUUACUAAUUGCAGUGUUACGAUUAAUUACAAUUAUAACAAGGAUUGAUUUGCAUACAAAAUGUGUUUUAAUUGCAAAUUGCUUUUUGUGACCAAACUCUUGAAAAAAUGUACGGAAUAAACUAUUUAUUGUUUUAUUUU